AUGACGACGCCCAAGGCGUCGGCGUACCAUGCGCACGAGAGCGAGGCGUCGGCGAUCGCGAUCCAGAUCGAGGCCAAAGAGGGCUCCAUCACGCAGCACGGAUCGUCCGAGACGUCGGCCGUCGGGCGCUUCUUCCGGCGGCUCCUGCCGGCGCUGAGCUCGGCCUUUGUCGCGUCCGUCGCGUACGUGGACCCGGGCAACUUUGCCACCAACAUUCAGAGCGGCUCCAACUACGGCUUUACGCUGCUCUGGGCAUCCUCGUCGCCAACAUCAUGGCGAUGCUCUUCCAGACGCUCUCGGCCAAGCUCGGGCUCGCGACCGGCAAGAACCUCCCCGAG